UAGGACACGAAAAAGUAAACCAAGGGUGCGGAACUGUUCAGGAGAAUGUCCUGUAUCGGUAAGAAAACCAAACGACAACAACACAAAAUAUAAUUAGUUAACAUAAUAGUUCACCAAAAUUCAAAGAGCAAUUAAUUACGUUCCUCGAUGUUGCUAUUCGCGAUGUUCUUAAAUGUCGUUUAUUUACGUCGCAAGCUGUAAUAGAGUCUAAGACGUUGGACAAUUCUACCAUUUCUACCAGAGACAGAGCGUACUUGUCGUCGAGGUUGCUCAAAAUGGUGGAUCGGUGAACGUUCGAACUGAUCGUGCAUCCGACCGCAAUCCUUCGAUAGCUUUUGGACUUUUGGAUCGUGCAGAAAUCUGAUUUCGAAAUAUCGUUCGCUUCAACUUCCUUUCGCUCUAUGAAUACAAAAUUCAAACUUCUGCCGUAGAUUGCUGCGAAAAGACAAUGAGCGAGCCAAGUUCGAGGUCUAGGUUGCGAGGUCGAGAAUGAGGUCACAAAUGGAAAAAGUUGAUCAGUUUGAAUCGGUGCUGUCCGCAAUCGGUUGCAACGAGCACGUCGUAAUACAGCUGGUACUCCCUUCAUCCACGAUUCUUUCGGUUCGAACGUCUCCGAGUCGACGCAAAGGAAUUCACCUUGCGUGUCAUCGUUUGGCUCGUCCAUCGCAGAAAUCCUCGUCUCUCCUGUCGCCCCUGUCGACGCGCAAUGACUGAAACGAGGGAACACGAUAGAAAAUAGAAUAGAAUAGAAUAGAAUGGAUUGGAGGAAAAGAAAAGAGAAGAGGAAAAAACGCAGCGUAACAAACCUUUUUGAUCAACGGAUAAAAUAGACACGGGAGCAUCCGAAUCUCUCGUUUGCGAGGCUGACCGUGGCAACUUCUGCAAAUGUUCCAUCCGGAAUGGACAGAAAAGGACGACUAUCGAACAGAGGAGAAAGAAAAGGUGGACAAAUGGUAACAGGAGAAACUCGCUGUAACAGAGAACGACGGAAUACAGGAAUCGAUGACUAAAGUUAAAAAAAAAAGAAUCAAAUUCUCUUAAUUCGAUAAGAUAUUAUAGCCCAGAACCCUUCGUCGACGCUCUCGCACUUGACGCUCAGCCAGAGACCGCCGAUCUGCGCCGGGAGCGUCGGAGCUUGAUGAAACAACGGUGGACUGUACUGCGUGGCGCGCAACACGUUCCCACAAAUUGGACAGAGAGCGAGCUGAAACAUACGGAGACGAACACGGUUCGAGCGUCAGAGGGUCGGACGAUCGGACGAUCGCGAUUACCGUAUCGGCGCGUAGCAACGCCAUGGACUGCAACCGGUUCGGUGUCCGCGCGCCAGACGCUUCCCAGAGUCUCGCGCUUCGAGGAGACGUCUCGCCGAGCAGCAGUUCCACUCCCGAUGCUCUCUUCUCGACUCGUACCAGUCUCAGUUCCGCGAAUUCGAUGCCCAACCUUUCCAAACAAUCCAACGUGUCCCGAUUCUUCGGAAUCCGCAAACGACUUUCGAACGAAUUCGACUUUAGUUCGCGGGCAUCGACGUUCGCGUCCGACGAACCGUCCUCGUAAAUCGACCGUUCGUAGAUCGGCUCGGCCCGGUAAGGGCGCCACUUGGUUCCCACGGUGUCGUCGCUGCCGCAAAUCGCAUUUAUUCUGCGCCGAAAUCGACGCGCAACCUUGUUCAUCGAGAAGCGGAUUCGAUCAAUACCUAUCGGCUAGAGAAUUCCGUGGACGCGUAGUUACGCGAGCGUCGAGUCUACUACCUGUCCGUUGAAUGGUAUCAAAUGAACCGAGUCCAACCGAGCGUUCGCUUCGGUCGCACCGGAGAUCCGGACGGAGAGUGACGUGAUCUCGAUGGAACCACGAGCUACGACGGCGUACGUAGCGAUGCUGCACGACUCGUCCGCGUAAUGGUAUCGUAUCAGAACGAACGUUCCGUUCGCGAAGAAACUGUAUUUUCUUAUCGUAUUCGCCUGCUCGGGCCCGGCGCGCGUUUCGCACCUAAAAAAGAAAAACAAUUUCGAACGAAGCGAGUCGCGAGAUUGCUUGCGAUCGGCCGCUUCGAAAUCGAACGCCACUCACUGUUGCGACAACCAAAUCGAAUGCAACUUGAACGGCGAAUCGUCCGUAGUCGUGCCUCUGUCUUCGGAAGCAACCUUUUCCAUGAUCGUGUCGCAUCGAUGAUCCUCCUUCAGCGAUAUUGGAAAACCACUCUGACCGAAAUCUGCGCAAAAAAUAAGCUCUGCUUGCUCUGUACUCUACGCUCUAUACUCCAUACUCUAUACUUACCGAGAAGGUGGCACAGAGAAUACCUACCUGCUGUACGCGGACUACGUAUACCUAAGAGUAUAGCAUCCCACUGUCGAAAUCUGUGCAAUCUUCUCGCGGACGCUCUAUACGCGUGUAAGCACGUACACGCGUAUAAUAGCAUCGAAUCCACGGCUUCUACGCGAUUCGAUCGAUUUGCCAAAUAUCGCGAGUUCCAUCGGCCAAACGCUUUUUAGUUCGCUUACCCGCAAAUAGACAAAGCGUAAUGCCGACAAACAACAGGAGCAUGUUUUCUUCUUUCCGGAAACUCGAAGCUCGAACCUCGAAAUUCAAAAUUAUACACUGUUUUCUGUACAAUGGACAGGUCGAAGGCGAAUCGCUUCUCUCUUCGAGAAGGAAUAUUAUUUUCCCCGACAGACUCGACUCGCGUCGAAGCCACCCCAACGCGGUAUUUAUCCGUAUCCCUUAUCCCUUCCCGACUUUCUCACCACGAAUCGGACAAUGGUGGACGUGACGCGUGACCACGCGUUUAGCAUGCACGAUCCGCGAUCCAUUACUCGCUUUGCAUAUCUCUCUUCCCUCGUCCGGUAGCUACCGAGAUCGUUCGAGUCGUCUGUUCGCCGACUCUCAACUUCGUUUUCGUACCGAAUUGUUCGACGUACCCUUGCUCGUUCUUACAACAUGCUCCAUGCGUUUCCUCGCGUCGCGUCGCGCACCAAGCGCCCUGUCCCUCGCGGACUUUUCUUUCCUACCUCUCGUUUCAGGUUGCAAGUACGAACACGUUACGUACGGCGUACAUACGCAUAGUUCGCCAGUUUCGAUGAUACACGCGUGCGCGUAUACGUAUAGAUCAUCGGCUCGAUCGUCGAACCCUCGCACGUGCGAACACGAUCGAUCGGUGAGUCAGAAUGGUACGAGUCGGGAACGGUCGGAAAUGAAAACGACUCUGGCACACAGGACUUCCGAGACUCGGUACUCGAAGGGUUAACGGUAUCGACGCGUGUUACGACACAGACAAAACAAAAAACUAGAUCAGAUAUUGUCUCUGAUAACAGUCGAUUUUCUGUUAUCGAUUCUUUUUAACAGAAUCGCCCAUCCCUAGACCCGGUUGUACGUACAUACCGUAUACCGCUCUGCAAUUGCGGAUUGCGACGGAAACCGACGCUGGACGCGGACAACUCGGGGCGAAGGUACCGUCGAUGCCCUAUCGUAGGCCGUCUACCGGGUGAACGUUCUAAUUCGAAACUAUGACGGCGACGCGACACAGGCCUGCGGAUGAUUUCAAAAUGUUCGCUCGGUGGACGCCCUGCGCGUUCGAGUCCCUUUGAAUCUCGAAUUUAAAGUCCGCGGUUUGUACAGCGCCAAUCGGAGCAGUGGCAACAUGCUCGAACUAUUAGCCAAAAUCAACCGUUGAUCAUUGAUUCUGUACCAGUUUCAGCGUUUUGCCACUACCCAAAUUGGCGCUGUACGGACGCUGUACGGAUAACUUGGACUGGAAACCAUAAACCAGAAGAACGGAGAUUCGAGAAAAAAUGAUACGGGAGUGCUGAAAUAUUUAACUUCGUAUGCAAUUGCAAGCUAUACGUUGUUCGUCUAUCGCUGGAAGAAUCGAUCGUCGUUGAGCAGAAACAACGAAACGGCAUAAUAAGCGUGAAAGCGAUGUCAACGUUGGAAGAACAAAUAGUGGUUAUACGCGAAGCUGAUUUCGGUUUUCCUCGAACCGGAUAACAACACGUGCGCUACGAAAACCAUUUUUAAACGCGUUCGAAAUGGCCAAACUUUAUUCGUAUUACACGUUAUGUCCGCUUAUCGAUCAACAAAAUUUGUUAGGCGUUGAACAAGAUUCGGAAAAUGGAUGUGCAAUUGUGACGUUAGGAAGAAAUAUUGUUAUUCGAUACAAGCUUCAGGAUCCAAAGCAGUUGAACAGUUGGACGAGCAAAGAUCGAUUAACGUCGCAAGUCAUAUACGAUAAAACAACGAGUCGUUAUGCAGCAAUAUUUAACGAGAAGAAGUUACGCGCGUGGACGGUAAACGAAACGGAUCUAAAUACCAUCAAAGGUUACAAAUUUCAAUCUCCUUUACAUACGAUCCUCACUUCCGAAACAUCUCCGUCCGUAUUGGUGCGCAAAGACGGGGCUAGCGCUUCGUUGGAAUGGGCUAUAGAGAACAGGAAAUCUUGGUCCAAAGAGGGAAUACUGCGUACGGAUGAAAAAAUUCUGGACUGUCGCUUGAUUCGUAUAGGCAACAAAAUCAAUUUAUGCCUCUUGACGGAAAACAAACGGAUAUAUGCCUGCGUUCUGGUUAAAUUGAACAACGAAACCUACUCUCAAGAUGCCGAUCGAGCGAGGCGAAUGGAACUUAAACGAAGAUCGGAAGAACUUGUCGGUUACACCGUCUUGCAAACCAAAAACAAAGCAUGUUUCUUGACGCUAUGGUCUCACGGCAGAUUGUACAGCCAUUCUUUGAUGGAAGCGAACAGCGAGUCCGGCCCGAACGCGUUGAUCGGUAUUGUCGGCAAUAUAGACACCAAACAUCCAGUCGCCGUCGCUCCGUUGAACGAGACAACCUUAGCGAUUUACGGGGCAGACGCUUCGGAAGAAGGAGCCGUAUUAAUGAUUUAUAACGUUCAAUUCAAAUUGGUUCAAGAUAUACAGAAAUUGAAGUUAUAUACGAAAGAUGCAAAAUUAUGGAAGAUCGAGGAUAAACUAUUGCUAGCCGCCAACAAGCAUUUAGCGAUUGCACCGUAUCAUCUAGCGCCUCAGAAAAUAGCGACGUUGCUUGGUUCGUCGUUACGCUUCAAGCGUACCGAUGAAACCGAAGAGGACGACGAUAUCGUUGUAAUACAGGAGUCGACUUUAGCCGAAUGGGAAAAGAAUGAACCGACGACCGUCGACGAACAGUCAAUUCAGAAACCACCGACGAAACUGUACAAACAGAUAUCGUCUUAUAUAAACGAGGGCUUGAGCGAUUCGGCGAUUCAAGAAAUAUUAAUUCCGCAGCUGAUAGAAUCGAGAGACGUCGGGACAAUUGUGUGGUGUUUAAAUGUUUUCAAAGACCUGCCGGAAAAAUUGCUAACAGAACUUUUAAUCUUUACGCUUCGAAGUUCCGACGAAACUUUCGUACCAACGCAGAAUGGUACAAUCGAACAUCCAUCGAAGACCAACAAUUGUUUCUCGAGAAACGCUUUCCUCGAUCAAAUUUUCAAUCUUACUUAUUCCGACGUUUCUUUAGCCUCCUAUCUUAAAAGUGGCUUAAACUUUGACGAAAUUCUACGACUGUUGCAGUACUUGACACAAAAAUUAGCCGAUCGAGAUAACGAGUUUUACAACUGUCUUGCACAGGAACCCAGGGACAAACAGCUAUACGAAUGGUCUAGCCUUUUGUUGGAAUCUCACUAUCAACAUUACGUAUUGUCAAGAGAUCCGGAAGUAUCGACACUUCUGAAUGAACUUAAUUGCGUCUUGGAUGAUCAUCUGCAUCUACUAAGGGACAUGGAAAACUUGAGACCUCUCCUCAAACGGAUCAUCAACGGCAAAUCGUUGAAAUUAUUACAAAAGGAUCGUAACAAGUUCUAUACAAUCGAGGAAAUAAAACUUUACUGAUGUAUCACAUUCUGGAAUGUAGACUAAAUGCGAACAUAGGUUAUGAAACAAUGUCGAAUGCUCAAAUUCCUCGUGGAAAGAAAAACUACGGUCUUUUAUAAUGUCGUUUUUAUGAUCUGAGACUCCAUUUACACACACACAGACUGUCGAUAGAAUCGAUUUUCCUGUUACUAUUCUUUUCUAUUCUGUUCAUUAAGAAAGUAGAGAUACGAUUCGAGUUAGGUAGCCCCUAAACAAAGUGUCUUUGUUCGUAUAGAUUCACGAAAUCUUUUUUUUUCCGCCUGUAGAAUUAUAAUUCUACUCGACAUACGUUGUGUCUAAUCAUACUUUCGAUAAGUAUCGAUUAUAACAAGCAAGAAACCGAAGUCACGAAUAAAUAAUAUUUAUUUCUAUUCGUAUCU